AUGAUGAUCUCCAGUGUCCACGCUGGUCCUCCACCGUGCCGUCUCAUUCGACCACAUGCUUUGGAUUCUUCGCACUUCACCUUCCAAAAAAUUCGCCUGUCGGCAACUUCAGGAGCUCAAAGCCGCAAGCGUCGUAUUCCCAUAGCAAUCAUGGUGGAUGCAGCAGCUUGGUUCUUUCUGCGCUUCUUCACGAUUGUGGUGCUCGGAGUGCCUGUGCAAUCUAUAUUGAAACAUCCGAAGAGUAUGGAUGCACCUUGGAUUUGGUCUUUCUGGUUCCGUCUACCCAUCGUUGUGGGUUUUGGAUAUGGAAUCUAUCCAUGGUGGUCUUCAAGAUGCAGAGAGAUCUUUCAACCAACGGGAGAUCUGCUUUCAGGGGUGUCUACCGUCUUUGCACCCUUAACGGCGCUGCUUUAUGCCGCAUUGGCAGGCUAUGCAGUUGUGUCUUUGUGGAGCAGGCUUGAGAAGGUUCGCUCCUCACUGCACCAGGAAUUUGCACUGCUCGAAAUACUGGAGAAGAGAAUUCCGAAGGAUGAUGCAAAGUUAAAGAAGCACUUUCAAGAUCAUGUCGAUGGGGUCGAACAGUAUGAAGUUCAACGGGGUGUUCCAGCACCAUCUCGAUUCAAUCAUUUGGCAGAACUAGCAGCUGCACCGGCUUUGGCGGACGUAGUUGCACAGCAAGAGAUCCGAGAAAUUGCCAAGGUUCGAGCAGAACGUCGGGCAGCAGAAGACAUUUGUUUCCCAACAGUUGUUUGGGCCAGCUUGCGGCUGCUCACAGUGUUGCUUCUGACAGCCUUCGCGCUGCUAUCGGGUCGAUCUGGCUCUGUUGCAGGACAAGGAGAGCGCAUCCUCUUCUCGCUCCUAGUAGUGGUGUUGUUUUGGGUGAACCACCUUUGUCGAGAUCUUGUGGACCUUUGUGGAGGAGACUUUCAAUUGGACGUGGACGAGUUGAGACGAGAUGCUGGACUCUUUCGGCGGCGUCAACUUGCAUGA